GAUCGCAUCAUGCAGCGAUUCCGAUGUUCCCCAUUGACGAUCCCGGUUCACGACGAAGUUGGGUGGUGAAUGGAAUGGUUCUGUUGCCCUGGCUGGUCUGUGCUCAAGCUUCUUCUUCUUCUGGUCUUUUAGCAACGACGUCAUCAUUGUACAUUACUACGUGACUACCCACUUCCACUACCGGCAACUACCAUACAAAACAAGCAUUUGCAUUUCCCCUCAGCAUCCGCACGACCGCACAAUCAUCCCACCACACAAAGUACAAGUACCUCUCUUCGCGCUACCACUACAUCCCGCAUCUCUACAUCCUAAUUCAAUCUUGCAACCCCAUAACCACUUCUCAAAAGUGAGACAUCGCCUCAUCAACAACUAUGGCCGGAAGAUUCGUCAAGAUCGGUGGUAUCGCCGCUGCUGCGGGAGCAGGUUACUACCUCUAUAAUGCUGGUGGUGACCCAAAGCUUGCUGAGAAGAAGUUUGAACACGACGCUGCUGCUGCCUCCGCAAGGGUACGGGGAGAGCUACCUGGCCGCGAGAAAGAGGCUAAGAAGGCUGGAGAAGAGGGGUAUGAGGCAAUUCGUUCCAAGGCACAAGAACUCAGCAACCAAGCCAAGGCCGAGGCUGACAAGGCUGGCCAAAAGUUCGAGAGUUACCGCCAGGACGCCGCAAAGAAGUUUGAGGAGACACGGCAAGAAGCUGGCAAGGAGAUCAACCAGGCUGUAGACAAAUUCGACAAGACUGUCUCUGAGGGUGCAGAGAAGUCAAAGAGCUGGGUUGGCAGCUGGUUUGGAGGAAAGUAAGGAAGUGUAUUGCCAUAUUCCACGAAAGAUGAUGGGAGUUUAUGGAGGCUCUUGAUCAGUCGGCCAUAUUUUGAUUCACGACUAUGCAUUGUUACCACGGACAGGAGUAUGCGGGUCUUUGGUCUGCUCAUCUUAAUGCAGUUACUUUCUCUAAUUACGCGAUUGGAAACUAUUGCGUUUGAUCAAUCAACACCUUCAAGUUUAUAUUUCGGCCUUUGGCGCCUUAACAUGUACAUAACUCUUACAGAAUGUUCAAUCUCUACUUCGUAAGGGCGAUCACAAACCAACCGCCACCCAAAUGAAGGAUUGGAGAUCGGGAACGUGUUCGUGUGUUCACUGAGAAUCUGUCGAUAUGGAAAACUAAGAGAAUGCCUCGAGUAAAUUGAAAGUCUUUCACCAUCGGCCGAGAACGAAUGGACGGCGUAUCAAGUCGCCUAAGGAACAUGCAAAAGCCCCACAUCAUUCGUU